UCCUCUUAUUCACAAUUAGAUGGAUUUCAAUAGCUCGUUUAGAUCGAUUGGAUGUGAGCAAACCACUAAAUCAAAUUUUGACGACUUAAAUAGCAAACUGGAUAGUCUGGAUAAGAAGGUAGAAGAUUUGUUAAAAGAACAUCAUACAACUCAAAAGCUUCUGAAGAGAGUAUUGGAAGAAGUUAAAUCGACCUCACAUAAUGCUACAAAAAAAAGAAAUAAAAUUUUGCCACAAAAACCUUUUGCAGAAGCGCAUGAUUUUGCUACUUUUGAAGACAAAAUUCAAUCUUCCGAAACAAAAUUUAACGAUUUGGUGGCUGAAUUGCAAAUGAUAAUAGCAUCCAAUUCGAACAAAUUUGUUAAAAUGGCUUGGCGAAAAGUUUUUACGGACGAUGUUGCCCAGAUAUACUGCUGGAAAGGAACGAAGACGAAAAAACCGGCAAGAGCACUUAGUGUGACGACAGCAUUAAGGCGUAAUAUUUAUUUUAUUGCUUUAUUCUUAUUUGUAAUUUUUUUCUAUUAUAGAGGCAUACCAUCAAAAAUUCCCUACCGCUGCCACGGAUAUGGAAUUCGAGCGGACUACAUUGAAUUUUUUCCAACACGCCAGCAACAGAAUAAAAAAAGAAUUGAAUACGAAAACAAAAAGAAUAUUUCAUCGGUAAUCGUAAAUUAAUUAGUUCUUAUAUUAUUGCGCGGCAAUAUUAAUUUUAAUUUGUAAGUUGUAAUUGGAUUAUUUUUAAGUUUUGUACUGA